UCAUGCUACGUGUGUUACUGCUGGCGGCGCUGGCCCAGUUCUCAGCUUGCACGUUCGACCCAGAGCUGAAUCGAAUGCACUUGCUGCUACCGAAGGACCAGUUCAUAGAAUACUUCAACAGCCAAAACUAUAGUUGGAAAAUCAUCGACUACCCUUAUCUUGAGGGUAGAAAUUUAACUGGAACCGAGAUUACCAAAGGGCCCAUUCCAGGCGUCAAACAAUUAUAUUACGAUCCAGAACAAUUUAAGGACCUGCCAGAAAACUUUGAUGCCAGAGAGAAAUGGCCUAAUUGUGAAACCAUAAAGGAAGUAUAUGAUCAAGGGGAUUGCGGCUCCUGCUGGGCAUUCGGAACUGCUACAGUAGCAUCAGACCGGACAUGUAUACACAAAGAUUUGCACGUCCGUCUAUCAGUACAAGACUUCAACUGCUUCCUUGGUGGUAUUUGUAAUGGAGGUAUACCAUUGGGAGCAUAUUUAUUUUGGAUUAUAGACGGCCUUGUAACUGAGGAAUGUAAACCUUACAACAUAACCGAAUCAAAACGAGGGAUAUGUGUUAAAGAAUGUAAAGAUCCUAGUAUUAAUUAUUUAAAUGAUAAACAUAAAGGCAAAGACGUUUUUUUAAUAGGCGAUAAUGAUGACAAAAUAAAAGCAGAGUUAGUCAACAAUGGUCCCAUACAAGCUGGAUUCACAGUCUACUCAGAUAUAAAAGAUUAUUCCUCUGGUAUAUAUGAACAUAAAUAUGGAGAAAAAAAGGGCGGACAUAGUGUUAGAGUCAUUGGUUAUGGCGUAGAAAAUGGAAUAGACUAUUGGCUAGUGGCCAAUAGUUGGGGAACGCAGUGGGGUGAGCAGGGAACUAUAAAAAUUAAAAGGCACCAACCCGAACUUUGUUUUGAAUGUGCUUUGUUAACCGGAGUACCAGCUUGAACAGUUAUUGUAUGUAUAAUAAAAUAAAGUUUUG